GCGGGCAAAUAACAUCACUGUGCUCCCAGUGAAGGAAGUCCCGUGAGCAGCGCAGCAGAAGCGAGACUCUCUGAGCAGGGAGCGAGGAGUGGGCAAGCAAUUGGGCAUAUCGAAAAUGGCGAUAUCGGGAGAUCUCAGGGUCUCUGCAACACUGGCCUCUUAUUGCAAACACCCUCUUCGAAGCUCUUUGCAUUCUUCAAAUUCAAAGGUGGAGUUCAUUGGUUUCCCUGGUCGAGGAUCUGGCACUUCCCCAAACACACCCAAGUGGCCUGGCAUUAUCUUGCUUGAUAGAUGUAAAAUGCAUGAUCCCUCUAGACGAUUUUCUGGGAUCACUAGAGAUUAUCAGCUGUCUUCAACUUCGAUUAGUGAAGAGGCUGAACGCUUUCUCCUAAAUGCCAUAAACAUGAACUUCUUUGAGCGAUUGAACCUGGCAUGGAAGAUAAUAUUCCCAUCACCAGCACGGAGAAAGAGCUCAAAUGCAAGGAUUGCCAAACAACGGUUGAAGAUGAUUCUUUUCUCUGACAGAUGUGCAGUGAGUGAUGAAGCAAAACGGAAGAUUGUAAAAAACGUUGUGCAUGCUUUAUCAGAAUUCGUGGAGAUAGACUCACAGGAUAAAGUCCAGCUGAAUGUCACUACCGAUCUUGAUCUUGGUACUGUAUAUUCUGUUACAGUGCCUGUACGACGGGUGAGGGCAGAAUAUCGGGAUGCAGAAGAAAUCGGAUCAAUAACAAACAUCGAGUACAAAGAUACUGGAGAAACUUCUGGUUCUGUUGAUGUCCGAUUUGAUUUCUUCAUCCCAGAUGAAAGAACUCGGUGAUUUUCCCAAGGCUUAAAAUAAACAAAGUGAUGGCAAGUAUCAAUGAGUUUAUCUUUCCCAUGUUUGAAUCUUUAGCUAGAGAGAAAAGCUUUCACUUGUGCAUAUAAAAAAAAAGUCCUCGUAGUUGAUUGAAGUUUUUCCUAUCUUUAAAUGUGCAAUUAAUUGAAUGGCUGAGUUAAUAACAUUGAAGCAUGUCUGUGCGCACCAUCCAAUCAUUUUGGAUGGUUGUGUUUCCACUGUUGUAUGUUUUCAAGCAUGGUGUAUGAAUCAUCUAAAGGUAUUUAUUUAGGAUC